UCGGAAUGAUAAAAUUUUUGAUAAAGUUUCGUUUUUUCAUUUUUAUUUAUCGAAAACUGGAAAAACAUCAGUCCCCUGGUCUCAGUCCCCUGAGUUUUCGAAGAACAGGGGACUGAGAAAAAUCCAGGGGACUGAUCGAAUUUGACUUUUCUGUUGUAAAAACUAUUAUGCUCGCUUUAUUACUUAAUAGGAAAGAAAAUGUCAAGAAACAAGAAAAAAUUAAGUAGAGAAGAAGUAUUAGAGAAGAAGAGAGUUACCGAAAGAUUGCGGUAUGAAAAAAUAAAAAAUGAUCCUGAAAGACUGGCGGCUCAAAAAGAAAAGGAGAAGAAGAAGUACCUUAGAAAAAAAGAAAAAGGGCAAAGAAAAUUAGUGUCUUCAAUGUCAGCUCGUGAAAAAAGACAAGCUCGCAAAAAAUGGAAAAGGUACGCCGCAACUUAUUAUUCUAAAAAACAAACCGAAGGAAAAGCUGUUGAAAAAUUAGCAACAAAUGAGAGUUCAUUCAGUUUAAGUAACGAAGACGCCAACUGUGAGGAAUUACAACGAAAGGUAACAUCGCGAUUAGCCGUGGGUAGGGAACGUUCGCAUAAAGAGCGACUAAAACGUAACCGAUUAUUAAAUGAAAAAGAUAAAGUUAUUACGAAACUCAAAGCUGAUUUGAAUAAGUAUAAAAAGAGAUACCAAAGAUGCAAAAAAAAGAAGAAACAAAAAUCACAAGAGCUUACGCCAAACGCUAAAAUGAUGGUUCUGGCUGAAGAUCCAACGACACGAGCCGAUGUAGUAAAAAAAGCUUUAUUUGGCGACAUCAUUGCUGAACAAAUUGCAGAGAACAUUCCCAAACUAAAAACGGUCCACGAAAAAAGAAUUUCGAAUAAACUACUUUUGGGGAAACUUGUUGAACAAAGAAAAAUUUGGAAAUUAGACAAUAAAAUUAUAACAUACAAAAAGGUUUGGCAUAAUAAGAAACAAAAAUCAAAAAAAAUACCAAAGCGUUGCUUGAAAACAAUUGUUCAAUCUUUUUUGGAAGACGACAAGUAUAGCAGAUUGUGCGCAGGUAAAAAAGAAUUUGUAACAAGAAAAAAAAUUAGAAAGCAGAAACGCUACCGAUUAGAUACGUUAAAAAACCUCCACAAAGAGUUUUUAAAGUUGGGAAACGUUAUUAUCAGCUACUCUAUGUUUGCCAGAUUAACACCAUUUUGGAUAGUUUCCCCAAAGGUUACAGACAGAGAUACGUGCAUGUGUACCGUGCAUAGCAAUAUCCAGUUGCUUGUUACUGCUCUAAACCGUUCGAAAAUUCUGAAAGUCUCCAGCUACCAAAAUUUAUUAAACUCCAUCUGUUGUGACCGGCAUAGGGAAUCAUGCGUCGAAAGAACAUGUGAAAUCUGCUCUGGAAAAUCUAUCCCUUUUCAUGAAGAGUUUGAUGACACGUUGUUAAUCCCAUACAAACAAUGGACAUCUUCCAAAGAAAAAUUUAUUGAUUUGAAAACGAAAAAAGAAAAAAUUGUAGUCAAACAGAAGCAGAAAGGUUUCGAAAUAUGUGCUAGAGAACUCGUCACGAAAUUAGAGAAUGAUUUGGGCAAAAUCUUGAACCACGAGAGAAAUAUUUUGCACCAAUAUCAGUGCAUAAAAAUGAAAAAAGAAUCUCUUACUGAAAAAGAAGUCAUGAUUCACAUGGACUUUUCAGAAAAUUACUGCACCAAAUAUGGUGAAGAAAUUCAGUCUUUCCAUUUUGGAGGAUCUCGUACACAGUUGUCAUUGCACACGGUUGUUGUAUACUUGAAAGGAUCGACUAAAUCUUAUUGCACCGUUUCAUCAAACUUAUUUCAUAAUGUGCCGGCUAUUUGGGCUCACUUAAAACCAGUUUUGCAGCAAUUGCCAGCAGAUAUUGAAAAUAUUCAUUUUUUAAGUGAUGGACCUGUGACACAAUAUAGAAACAAGCUCAUGUUUUACAUUCUGGCUUCCAAAAUUUCUGAUUUCUGCCCUGAAAUUAAGAGUUGGACGUGGAACUACCAUGAGGCGGGUCACGGCAAAGGAGCACCCGAUGGUGUGGGCGCCGUCUGUAAAAGAACUGCGGACAGUGUCGUGGCUUGUGGAGGUGACGUAACGAACCUUUCAGAGUUUUGCCGUGCAAUUCAAAAUCGUUGCCCUAACAUUACUCUUUAUCAGCCCCCUGACACAGACGAACUAUUCCUAUACGAUUACUAA